AUGGCAAGGAGGUGGAAGAGACUGGCUGCAAUGAGUCGGAAAAGAAUCACCUUCCCAAGAACAGCAUCCAGAUCCAGUUGCAACUCAUCAACAGUUGAUGAGGGUCAUUUUGUUGUGUACACCGCCGAUCAAAGACGCUUUGUAAUUCCCUUGGCUUAUCUCAGAAAUGCAAUAUUCAGGGAGCUCUUGAGAAUGGCAGAGGAAGAGUAUGGAUUGCCGAGUCACAAGCCUAUCACAUUGCCUUAUGACUCAGUCUUCAUGGAGUAUGCGGUCUCUUUGAUGAGAAGGCAAGCAGCUGGUGGUGAGCAUCUGGAGAAAGCGGUAAUCAUGACCAUUACUACUGGUCAAAGUUUAUCUCAACCUCAUGUCUCCAACAAGAACAAUGCAAUCGGCGCUUACUGA